AUGAGCCUUCGCGAUUUGAUCGAGGGUGAGGCUCUCAUGGACGAUGAUGAGAAUGAGGAGGUUCCCGACGACUAUGAUGGGCAGGUCCGCCAGGGUGCCGGUACCUCCAAUCACUACAAUGAUUCGAGCGAAGAGGACGACGAAGAAGAAGACGACGAGGAGGCUGCUCGCGCGGUUCGCGAGGGUUUCAUUGUCGAUGAGGAUGAGGAAAUGGAGGAACGGCGCGCUCGCAGACAACACAAGAAACGUUCCCGUCCCCGUGAGGAAGAGCAUCUGGAUGAUGAGGAUUUGGAACUCAUUGGUGAACAUGUGCCGGGACUUCAACGUGGACCCGUUCAAGAGUCCAAAUUCAAGCGUCUGAAGCGCGGCAAGGAUCGCGAUAGCCACCAACCGUCCCAAGGCAUUGACGAUAUUUUCAACUCAGACGAAGAAGAGGAAGCACAGCAGUAUGCUCGCCCUGGUCAGCGCCGCGGUCUGCGCGACGAGAUGGACGAUUUCAUUGAGGAGGACACAUUUUCCGACGAUGAAGCUCAGCGGGAACGGGACGACCUGGAAGUUGCGCCCGCUUCUCGUGUGAACAAAACUGGCCUUCUACCGACAGAUAUCUCUGGCCUGGACGAGAAUGCACUGGAGGAUAUGCGCGCUGCGUUUGGUGACGGCACUGAGUAUGACUUUGCACUGCAAAUGGAAGACCAGGAGGACGAAGAAAAGGAAACCGAGGAACGUCAUCUGGACCUUAAAGAUGUCUUUGAACCGUCUGAACUCGCCGAACGCAUGUUGACAGAGGACGACAACCAAAUCCGUCUCCUCGAUGAACCCGAACGCCACCAGGUCGCCCGCAAACCAUACCGACAUGUGACGUUGACCGAGGAUCAAUUCCGUGAGGAAGCCCUUUGGAUUUCUAACUUGAUGUUGCUCAAGAAACGCCUGGACGAUGAACUUAUAGAGCCCUUCCAGCGCUCCGUCGCCAAGAUGCUGGAGUUCUUGAUCACGGAUGAUUGGGAAGUUCCAUUCAUUUUCCAACACCGCAAGGACUACAUGAUUCACGCCAUCAAGGAGAUGGAUCAUGGUGCCGACCCUGCCGAUGAGUCUGCUCAAUACAGCCUUCGUGCGGAAAAGCUUCUUAACAUGACUGAUCUAUGGGAUAUCUUCGAUGCCGACCUUAAAUUCCGUGCUUUGGUCGACAAGCGCAAUACGAUCCAAAAAUCCUAUCAGAGUUUGCAGAGUCUGUUCAACGUGAAUGACUCUAACGUGGAGGAACUACUGGCCGCAGCCAUUACCAUGGAAGAGCUUCAAGAUGUGCAGGACUAUAUUCAUUUCCAAUACUCUUCACAGCUUCGCGAUUUGGCACAAGUGAAUGGCGAGACCAAUGGAGAGACACAGCGCCGCAAAACCACCGGAAAAUCCUUCUUUGAGCGAGUUCGCAAUGGUAAGGCUUAUGGUCUGGUGAAGGCCUUCGGCGUCACAGCCGAUGCAUUUGCUACGAACGCUUCCAAGGAAGGGCGCCGGCAGUACACCGAAGACCCCAGCGAACAGCCUGAGGAGUUGGCCGAUCAAUUUGUCGACAAUGACUUUUCCAGCAGCUCCCACGUCCUCAAGGCCGCUAAAUCUAUGUUUGCUGAAGAGCUGGCCCUCAGCCCCAAGAUGCGCAAGGUGAUGCGCCGAGCAUAUUACAUGAAUGGUCUGAUUGAUUGUUUCCGCACAGAAAAAGGUCUGCGCCGCAUCGAUGAGCAGCACCCUUAUGCGGAAUUCAAAUACCUACGCAACCAACAGAUUCCUGAUAUCGCCCGCCGCCCCGAGAUGUUCUUGCGUAUGCUGAAGGCCGAGGAAGAAGGCCUUGUUGAUGUCAAGGUCCGGUUCGAGAACUUCGACCAAUUCCGUUCACGUCUGUACGCCGAUAUUGAGUCAGACAACUACAGUGAGAUCGCCGACGCGUGGAAUCGUGUUCGCCGCGAUGCACUGGACUUGGCCCUCGGCAAACUUGAGAAAUUGAUCAACCGCAGUGUGAAAGAGCACAUUCGACAGGAAUGUGAAAAUUCCGUCGCCAGGGAAUGUCGUGAGGCUUUCUCCCAGCGACUGGAUCAGGCUGCCUACAAACCCAAGGGCAUGGUGCUGGGCACAGUGCCCCGCGUUCUCACCCUGUCUACUGGAUCUGGACAGGUUGGCCGGGAUCCCAUUCAUUGGGCCUACACAGAAGAAGAUGGCCGCGUGCUCGAGAAUGGCAAAUUUGUGGAUCUCUCAGUAGGCGACCAGAACCGUGGUAUUCCAGACGGUGACGGUGUGGCCGACUUUAUGAGAGUGGUCAAUCGCCGCCACCCGGAUGUCAUUGGUGUUUCAGGCAUGACACCAGACACUCGCCGUCUUUACAAGCUAGUGUCUGAGCUUGUUGAACUCAAGGACGUGCGCACUGCUACCUAUACAAAUGAGGAUGACGACGAAAUCAGUGACCCCUUGGACGUGGUCAUCGUUAACGACGAGGUUGCUCGAUUGUAUCACAACAGCCCUCGCGCCAGACGCGAUAAUCCAGGCUUCGGACCUCUGACCCACUACUGUGUGGCUCUCGCCCGCUACCUCCAAAGCCCACUCAAGGAAUAUGCCUCUCUGGGCCGUGAUAUUGUCUCCAUACAAUUUAAACCCGGCCAGCAGCUUGUUUCUCAAGACUUAAUCCUCAAGCAGCUCGAGUCUGCUCUGGUGGAUAUGGUUAAUCUGGUUGGCGUUGAUCUCAACGAAGCAGUGGCCGACACAGCAACAGCCAAUCUUUUACCAUAUGUUUGCGGUCUUGGUCCUCGCAAGGCCGCUCACUUGCUCAAGAUCGUCAACAUGAACGGUGGUGUCGUUAACAACCGGGUGGAAUUGCUUGGUGUCAACGCGCAAUACCCUGCUAUGGGAGUGAAGGUCUGGAACAACUGCGCCAGUUUUGUCUAUAUCGACUAUGAGAACGCCGACCCAGAUGCCGACCCGCUGGACAAUACUCGUGUACAUCCCGAAGACUAUGACAUUGCUCGCAAGAUGGCCGCUGAUGCCCUCGAAUUGGACGAGGAAGACAUCAAGGCCGAGACUGACGAGAACGGUACUGGAGCUAUCAUGCGGAAACUGUUCCGUGAAGAAGCACAGGAUCGUGUCAACGAUUUGAUCUUGGAGGAAUACGCCGAGCAGCUCGAGAGAAACCUGAACCAGCGCAAGCGUGCUACUCUUGAGACAAUUCGAGCGGAGUUGCAAAGUCCGUAUGAAGAAUUGCGCAAGAUGUUUGUUUUCCUCAGCACUGAUGACAUCUUCACAAUGCUCACUGGCGAGACACCUGACUCGCUCACCCCUGGCAUGGUUGUACCAAUUGCCAUCAAGCGUGUGUUUGACGAUCACAUCGAGGCUAAACUGGACUGCGGAGUUGAUGUCCUUGUCUCCGAGACUGAUCUUGGUGUUCCCGAUCAUAUCCCUGUCCGUAAUGUCUACUCCGUUCACCAAGCUGUUCAAGCAAAGAUUACCCACCUGAACCGCAAGACUUUCUCCUGCAAUGUGUCCUUGCGCGAGGAUCAAGUCAGCCAUCCAAUCCGCCCACACCAGGAGCACGGCAACGGCGAUUGGGAUGAAAUGCAAGAACGCAAUGACAAACAGUCACUGCAAGAAAAGACGGAGCGUGGCAGCCAAGCUAUGCGUGUUAUCAAGCACCCGCUCUUCCGGCCUUUUAACUCUACCCAGGCCGAGGAGUUCCUGGGGGCUCAGGCCCUUGGCGACGUUGUGAUCCGCCCGUCCUCCCGGGGCCACGACCAUCUUGCAGUCACCUGGAAGGUGGCAGCCGGUGUAUACCAACACAUUGACGUUCUCGAGUUAGACAAGGAGAAUGAGUUCUCAGUUGGCCGUGUCCUCAAGGUCGGCGGUCGGUAUACCUACAGCGAUCUUGACGAACUGAUUGUCAACCAUGUCAAGGCGAUGGCCAAGAAGGUGGAAGAGAUGGUCCACCACGAGAAAUUCCAGUCAGGAAGCAAGACCGAGACGGACCAAUGGCUCGAAACCUACACCAAGGCCAACCCCCGCCGCUCGGCAUAUGCCUUCUGCAUCAACGCCAAGUACCCUGGCUACUUUUUCCUUUGUUUCAAGGCAGGCGAACACGCUCGACUUCAGAAUUGGCCGGUGAAGGUGAUUCCACAGGGCUACGAACUACAGAAGAACCCUUACCCCGACAUGCAAGCUCUGUGCAACGGCUUCAAGCUGAUGUUCCAGAACAUGAGCAAGGGCAACCGGAGAUGA